AUGACUCCUCGCUUUGCCCCUCCCAGCAGCAAGCGGACUUCAGCCGACAGCGUAGAAGCCCGCCCAUCUCACAAGCGCCGUGCAGAGCGCAGUGAUAUCACCACUGCGGCUCAGAUGGAUGAGGAGAUCACAAACCAGAAGACUACAAACGCGCCAGCAAAAGCCUGCGGAUGGUGUGUGUUCCAGUGCCUCGAGCGUGUAUGGCCUGCACUCGAUACACGCCAGAAAGUAUUCAUCAUGGCUGCGCCAACCCAGUAUCUGUCUCCCAACUUCAACGGCGCUGAUCCCAUCCCCGCCAUUCACAUGUCCUCACUGCGAGUCUCGUCCUACAUAGUCGAGGCCUUGCGUCUCGUCAAGAAGGAUACAGGAACCAGGAUGGAGCAGGGAAAUCGCUUGAAGCCCGGGGAGCGGUUUGAGAUCACGACCGCAGAAAUAGAUGAGUUCGUCGGGAAGAAGCCCACCGAGAGCGGACCUGGGCGCUGGCCUCUAAACACAGUGCCGUUUGCAAAGCACCCAGUCAUGCAGCCCGAACUUGGAAAGCAGGCCAGGGAGACAUCCCCUCUAAUCUGUCCUCCCGAAGCCAAAGACAACAGUCCGGAGUUUGAUCAGAGCCAGCGUUCAAAACCACGCUCUGCACCAUUCUGCUAUCAUAUGGAGAACGAAGGCCCCACAGGAUAUACAACCUCCAAGGCCAAGAACUACGCUGAUGAUGCUUGGACAACCAGCACUUGCCAAACAUGCGAGACGAAGUGCCAGUUGGCCACAGCCAUCCCGGUAAAGCGAAAUGGCCUGGGAGCAUAG